AUGGCCGUGACCGAGUUCUCCCAAGAUCAGCUAGAUGAGAUCUACACCUUCGCGGUCGAUCUAGGCCGCAAAGCCGGCGAGAUGCUGCUGGCCAGUGUCGAGAGACGAAUUGGAGACGGCGACAACCAGUUCGAGGAAAAGGACAGUUCAGUCGACAUUGUGACUCAGACAGACGAAGAUGUGGAGUCUUUCAUCAAGACUGCGAUCCAUGAUAAAUAUCCUGCGCACAAAUUCCUAGGAGAAGAAACAUACGCCAAAAGCCAGUCGCGCGAAUACCUCAUCGACGAGCAUCCAACAUGGUGCGUCGACCCAUUAGACGGAACAGUCAACUUCACCCACCUCUUCCCCAUGUUCUGCGUCUCCAUAGCCUUCAUCGUCAACCACCGCCCCCUAAUCGGCGUAAUCUACUCCCCCUUCCAAGACCAGCUCUUCUCAUCCUGCGCCAACCGCGGCGCCUGGCUCAACGAAAAGCGCCGCCUCCCUCUCAUCCGCAAUCCGUCCAUCCCGCCCUUACCAUCCAACGCCCCCAGGCAAUGCAUCUUUUCCUGCGAGUGGGGCAAAGACCGCCGCGACGUUCCCGACGGAAACAUGCACCGCAAGGUUGAGAGUUUCAUGAACAUGGCUACUGAGGCUGGUGGGCGUGAUGGCAAGGGUGGCAUGGUGCAUGGCGUGCGGAGCCUCGGUAGCGCGACGUUGGAUUUGGCGUAUACUGCUAUGGGGUCGUUUGAUAUUUGGUGGGAGGGGGGGUGUUGGGAGUGGGAUGUUGCGGCGGGUAUUGCUAUUUUGCUUGAAGCGGGUGGGCUUGUCACUACGGCUAACCCUCCUGAGGAUCCGAUGACGGCUCCGAUUGAGAAUUUCAGGUUGGGGAGUCGGCUGUAUCUGGCUAUUCGACCGGCUGGUCCGUCGUCGACAGAGACAGGGCGACAGUCGCAGGAGAGAACGGUGCGGGAGGUAUGGCGUCGGGUGCGUGAGCUCGAGUACACGCGGCCUGGGGCGUGA